UCCUUUUACGUAGCAAGAAUCCUGUUCGUUCUAUCCCCCUCUAUCGACCUAAGAUGCGUCCUAACCAAAAAAGUGCAAUAGCGGCGACAAUUUGCCAGCUGGUCUAUCUACCUGGCAUAUUGAAGGACGACUACACGUUGCUGUCAUUUCCCUACUAUUUAUCUUCCCAAUUAGUCCAAUUCACCAGCUUCUCGGCCACCUGUAUUGUCUAUUUCCGGCCUCUCCUCCUGUCAUUACAAAGUGGUCUAAUGGCGGCUAAUACUGAUAUAAAUUUCACGACGCAGUUUCCACUCAUCAAGCUCUCUCGCGAAAAGAUCGAACGAAGCCAAUCAACUAGAGAAACAAAGGCCUCCCAAAAUCAUGAGGGAGGCAAUUACGUCGAAAUAACAACGGAUAUUGCAGUGUCACAAGACGGACAUGGCACCCAAUCCCUUCCAAACGCCGAGAGGUACGGUUUUACUUGGGAAAGAUGAAGUCAUAACGGGCCCAUACAUUCAGAGUGGCCUAAACGUAGGGGAUACAUGGACAUACGAUCAUUAGGGAGCGUGAAUUUCAGGAAAUAUAGUAUCUUGUCACACUUGGACCUCUCAUUCGAGUUUCUUAGAGCGAGAUACUCGCAUUUCACUUAUCAUUCGUUUCAAGUGGAUCUUAUCAUAUAGUGUCGCGCUAUGUACUACCUAAAUAGGUACGUUAUAUAGUCGAAUGUGUAGAUUUCCAUCAUCCACUUCUUUCCAGAUCACAGGCUCGCAUCAUAGAACAAUAAAGAUCCUAUCGGCACUGCAGCUGUUCCUCAUAGCAUGAACCAAAUAAUCUUAGCCGUCUUAUUCCUCUGAUUCAACCACGAUGGGGGCAUCCUUGAUGAAUACAGCAUCCACAUCUCUGAUAUUGGGAUACUGAACCGUGUUUGGCACGCCCAAAGCCAGCGUGGUUGCUAGCGCGCUUAUCAACAGCCAGAUGGCGAAUUUAGGAGUGGGUAGCAUCGUUAUUAUUUUUUUCUUUUUUGGUUGAAUUCUUCGAUUGGGGACUAGGUCGCGAUUAAAGAUAGAAACCAG